AUGAACCACUGCAUCCAGUUCAGCCCUCAGAGCCUGCAGAGGUGGCUCAUCCUUCCCUGUUAUGAUCUGAAACUCCCCAUAUGGGCCAACACCACAGAGUUCUGUCCCCACGGGCCAAGGAGGGCUUCUCAGGAUCCUCAACUUCUUGCCUGGUUGCCAGACCAAUCACUAGAGGUAAGCCUAGAAUUGUACGAUUGGAACUCAAUGACAUUCACGCUAUUCUUAGAAACAGUUGAGCCAGUGGCGGCGGAGUCUGAAGGCUCUGGAAUCUCCUUUGUGUGGCAGCAACUUACUUUUCCUGCGGAGGCUCGGUGGUGCUUUUCUUGGGCUCAGGAUUGCGGCUUGGAUGGCUCAUUCCCUGGGAGUGCACACACUGAGCCCUUUGGAAAGGCAGCAGCAGGACAAGGAUCAGUGGCAGGCAAAGAGGCAAAAAAAGCAGGACCCGGGUUCCAUAGGCAACUGCUUUAUUUACAGUUCCAAAAACGGUGCUUGUUCAACUAUCCUGAACUUUUGUAGAAGUUCAAACUUGGAAAUUGUAGUGAUGAAAUGAGAGCUGUGUUUUAAAAAUUACUUUUAACUGUCUAUGAAGCAAGUCUACAUUUUGGCAAAAUGGGCUGCUUUUAAUCUGGUCAUGUGGGAUUUAAAAAAAGAUUUAAUUCAGCUGGAUUUUGCAAAGCCCUUGCAUUGUAUGACAUGAGGUUAUUUAAGGUAUAGUUUUGUCUUCAAAGAGAAGAAAUAAGACACACGCAUGGAUUUUUAGAGUAAAAAUAACGAGAGAAUGUUAUUACCCAAGAGCAUAUCACUUGCAGUGAUGUUGAACUGGGAACAUUCCAGAAGGAUUCCACGUGAAGCAGUGUUUGCUUUUGUAUGUUUGAAAUGCUCCAUAACAAAAUUGAAAAACUGUAAGAGCCAAAGAAAUAAUAAUACGGAUUAUGAAGUAAUUAAAAUGAAGCAGAGAAAAAACCUGUAGGAUGCAGCCUAAAUAAAUGAUACUUUAAAUCAAGCUUAUCCAACCCGUGUCUUGUAGGCCACAACGUGGCCUAGGACAUAUUUGAAUGCGGCCCAACACA